GCGGGCGGCGGCCCGGCGGCUGCAGGCGGGCGGCGGGCAGCGGCGCGGCGCCUGACCGCAGGGCUCCGCUCCGCUGCGCUCCCGAGGAUGCUGCGGGGCGAUGCCCGGCGACAGGGAGGACGAGAUCUGCCAGAAAGCGCUGCAGCUGCUGGCCGAGCUGUGCUCCGUCGGGGCGGUGGAGAACGAGAACUGCCGCGAUUUCAUCUACUACCUGCGGGACAGAGCCCGGCCCCGCCUCAGCGACUCAGAUAUCUCAAUAAGCUUGCUCUCCUUAGUUGUCACAGCCUGUGGUCUUGCUCUGUUUGGUGUCUCUCUGUUCGUCUCCUGGAAGCUGUGUUGGAUCCCUUGGCGAGAGCGUGGUCUGCCAUUUGGGAACAAAGACAACAAGCAGGAAUCGCUGAACUACACAGACACAGAGACCAAUGACCGUGACUACAGUGAGGAUUAUCUGGGUCAGCCUACAGCCUAUCCAGAGUCCUCCAUGAAGAUCAGCCACACCUCCCCUGAUAUUCCGUUAGACACCCAGGCGGGAACGAAGGAGAACUGCGUCCACAAUGCGCGAAUGCAUCGGCAGAUCACUGAACCAACCUCUUCUGCUCGGCACAAUUCGAUCCGAAGACAGCUCAACCUCUCCAACCCAGACUUCAACAUCCAGCAGGUUCAGAAACAAGAGCAGCUGACGGGGAUCGGCCGCAUUAAGCCAGAGCUGUACAAGCAAAGAUCAGUGGACACGGACGAUGGCCGCAGGAGUAACAGCAAGGCGUGUGGAAAACUGAACUUUAUUCUCAAAUAUGAUUGUGAUUUAGAGCAGCUGAUAGUGAAGAUUCACAAGGCCAUCAACCUGCCAGCAAAGGACUUCUCUGGAACUUCAGAUCCGUACGUGAAGAUAUAUCUGCUUCCUGACAGGAAAACAAAACACCAGACUAAAGUGCACAGAAAGACCCUAAAUCCAGUAUUUGAUGAAGUUUUUUUAUUUACUGUUCCAUACAAUGAUCUGAACACAAGGAAACUCCAUUUCUCUGUAUAUGACUUUGACAGAUUCUCCAGGCAUGACUUGAUUGGCCAAGUGGUAGUGGAUAAUUUUUUAGAUUUGGCAGAUUUUCCCAGGGAAUGUAAUAUUUGGAAGGAUAUUGAAUAUGUCACCAAUGAUAACGUGGAUCUUGGUGACCUUAUGUUUUCCCUCUGCUACCUUCCAACAGCUGGUAGACUAACUAUUACAAUAAUAAAGGCAAGAAAUUUAAAAGCAAUGGAUAUCACAGGAGCAUCAGAUCCCUAUGUGAAGGUUUCUUUAAUGUGUGAAGGAAGGCGACUAAAGAAAAGAAAAACUUCCACCAAGAGGAAUACCCUUAAUCCCGUUUACAAUGAAGCCAUAGUCUUUGACGUCCCUCCAGAAAACAUUGACCAAAUUAACUUGUCGAUAGCUGUUAUGGAUUAUGACCGUGUAGGUCACAAUGAGGUCAUUGGAGUGUGUCAAGUAGGCAACGAUGCAGAAAGUCUAGGUCGUGACCACUGGAACGAAAUGCUCUCAUAUCCUCGGAAACCCAUUGCUCACUGGCAUCCUCUUGUAGAGGAAUCAAGUGGGGGAGGGUGUCCAGCGCAUCCAGGCUGUGCAGAGAAAUAUAUACACAGCAUAUCAUUUUGGUUCCUGAAUCAGGAUUAGACUCAGCGAGAGCUUCUGGAACCUCUGUGGCCACAGCCAUAGGACCCUGAAUAUUUGCUGAAUAGGACCCUCAGUCUUCUACUGUGUGAAGAGCUAUUGGUUUCAAGUAGCGUAAUGUUAUCCACUUGUAGCAUUAAUUCUCCAGCUGACACUAUUGCUACUGAUAGAUUAUUUGUAUGGUCGUAAGCAUUACCCAAAUUCAAGUCAUCAUUUCUGUUCAUUAGAAUAACCCAGGUUUUACAAGCAAAAUGGUAGCAAUGGAAACCAACAAGUAUGGGAAGCAGCAACAAACGUAGUCCUUGUAUUUGCAAAAAAGGUGCAGUAUUGUGAAUGGAUAGCUUUCUAAAUAAUUUUUUUCAAGUAUGGUUGUCAUCAGACAUUUAUUUGUUGAUGGCAAGUUGCGUCCUCAGUCUCAGUUGGUGCCUCCUUUCACCUACAUGAAAACAAAUUAAUAUGGUUGCUUGAAGAAAUCCUUCAAAUCUGAAAAACUGUAAAAAAAGUUCUGUUGGGUGCGAACAAGAUGCAUAUGGUAUUUGUAAUGACAGUAUGUUCUUUCAGAAAGAAGAUAACCAUCUGUAUAACAUGGAGGUUGUUAGUCCUCAACCUUUGUAGAUGAUAUUCCAGUCAAUGUUUCUUAGCUGUGUCCACAACACUGCAAAAUGUUGGAAGCAUGUCACAGGCAGCAAUGCUUGAUCAUACAAACAAGCACACACACGUGUGCCUGGGCACAAACACACCCUGUGUCAUUUUAAAAUGCUGUUCCAAAUAUAUAGUGCCUGUGAAGACUUCCUUUACUAUUUGUGGUAGAAUUAGCAGGGCUAUUUUACAUGAUGGUAUAUUGUAAAUUCUGACAAAUUCUGACCAUUAAAAGAAAGUAAAUCAAAGCGCUGGACUCUUUCACGCAAUAAAAUCUAUGCCCCAAACCAAGAGACCCUGAGAUAAUUUUUUGCCACUUAUUUAGCCAUGUAUGGAGUUCUCUCUUCCUCCAAAUUUUUCUAGAGAGAAUUUGAUUCAAGUUUUUACAUAAGAUUUUCUGUUUAAAAAAUGCAAAUGCAAAGUAUGGGUAUUUUAUAAGGUACAGUUGUCUGCUAUUUACUUACAGAUAGGGAGCCCUGGUCUUUAAAUAUAGUUCAGAUAAGCUUAUGUGCACACACAUUGCUUCAUGUCUUGUAUGUGUUGAAUGGUCACCAAGUGUUUUGGAUUUGCAGCUUUGCUGACACAGAUAUGCAUGCAUGGAUUGAAGAAAUAUUUAAAAUUCUUACCCCAAAUCUGAAAAAUUAGUUUUAUAACCUAUCAAUGGGGAUCUUUCAGAAAAUAAGGAUUGCUAGUGGGUAAAGCACAGCUUGGCACUUGCAGGAAAUCUUGGAUCUGUUAUGUGUGCUGCAGCUAUAAAGCAGAAGCCCUGUAAGUACAGUGGUUUUCAAAAAUCUCGUGCCAUGCUUUGAAUACCGUAGGCAAGGGUGCUUCUGGCAAACUGAACACUUCAAGACCUGCCCAAGCACAGUUUCAGAUGACAAUUAGGUAUUUAAAAAAAAAAAAAGAAAAACAGACAUGAAGUUGCCACAGCAAAAUUAUUUCACUGCUCUUUCAGCUGAAGCUUUGUAUCAGCAGACCAGUGGUACGAUCCAUUGUGCGUAUCUGCUCCUGCAUGAUCCUCACCUCAGGCAAAGUCCUGCACUCUUUACCCAGGCUCAUGUCCCAGGAGUCAAUAUGGGGAGCUGGGCAUGAGCAAAGGAGGAAGAGCUCUUGCUUUGGGGUGGAGUUCUUUGAUUUCCUGGACAAAUCUUUAUACACGCACCCCUGCCUGGAACGCAGAGCUGGCAGCUUUGCCACUGCAACAUUAGCAAAAGAGAGUUCUGUGAAAACACCCACACAGUAGUGCAGGAGACUUUCUAGGAUUUGUCCCUAGCAAUUCAGAGGGGCAUCAAACAAAAAGUAGUAUCAUUAUAGUUGCCAGUGGGUUGGGGUUCUUUUAUUUUAUUACCAUACUCAGUUUAUUUAAUGCUCAAGGGUCUGGCAUCAAAAGAAUUAUUUUGAAUGCAGUUCUACCAAAAAACAAGAAAGAAAUCUCUGUGACAGUGAGCAUUUUAAGUGGAAUCCAGCAUACCUCAAAGGCUUAGGGAUGAGGAAAACCCCCUGAAUUUAUUAUAUUCUCCUAAUUUUUGCUGUCUCAUGACUUGCAAAGUGUUACUCAGGCUGUGGCAUUACUAUGUGCUUUUUACAAAUAUCUGCCUUAUCAUAGUAGUGCAUCUAUGGAAUGAUAGCUAUUUUCUAUAUUUGGAUACUUCACUCUUCACCCUUAUACUCCACUUAACCAAUGAUAUUCCCUAGACCUGAAAUAUUUUCAUGUUAUGGUUCUGGUCUGCCAGUAGACUGCUGCUGUCUUUGGACUGUAUUACAAUAAUACAACAGCCACUGGAAGAAAUAGAGGAUAGUUACACUGGAAACUCAGAGGAAACUAUGGUCCCUAUACUGUUCAGUCUUUCUUUUCUGAACUCUGAUUCUCAGAGGUAAAUUAGUAGUAGACUCACAAGAAUUAUUUCAAAGCUAAAACCCUCAUUUGUUUCCUUAUUUGUUGUGAAUGCAUAAUUAGGCUGUAUGAAAUGUAUCUUAACCCUGAAGCAGAAGAGGAGAUCCCUUAGAAGUGCAUCUCAGUAGGAUUUUAAUCCCAUUUCACUCAUUUUAACAACGUGCUAUUAAAUUUUAGUUUUUAACUUCUAGUUUUCCAUAACAAGCCACCAUGUCAGAUGUUGUUUUAUGAAAAAGCAGCGAGUGGCAAUGGAAAAGCCUUCCAAGUUACUGACACUGAGGCCAAGUACAAUGGACAGUUGUGUGAUAUUCCCAUGAAAAGACUCUCCCAGCACAACUCUUCUGCAGUUGAGUGCUGAAACAUUUCUUUGUGUGUUUCCACUGGAAUCACAAGACAUUAAAAGCAUUCCUGCUCUCUUUAGUUUCACUUUUCCCUGUCAGUAAUCUUGGCAGCGGUGGGGAGUACCAGAACAGAAAGACAACAUGUAGUAUAAAAGACCCAAUGCUCAAGCUGUUCUUACCAGCCAUUGCACACCUCAGCUUUCUAUGCCAGCAGAUCCACAAAACACCAAAGCAGUACAUUUGAGAAACUUGUUUCUUAGAAGUCCAGUUUUACUAGUGGUAGUGGAAAACUCCUGGUUCAGUCCAAAAUGAAACAGCAAAGGGCAAUGCAAAAGCAUGAAAAAGAAGAGGUUAUUUUAGUCCACCCUUUUUGGUUUGAGAGGGUGGUUGUUAGGGGGUUUUUGCUUGUUUUUGUUCUUUGGUUUGGCUUGGUUUCCUUUAUAUGUUUUUAAACAAGUAAACAUGAUAUGUAGCUAUAUUAUCAUGAGCACCCGAAGUCAGCGACAUAAAGAGACAUGUUUACAUGCUUAUCACCUGGCAAUGUUCGAGCACGGUGGGGAAAUAUCUGCAAUCAAAAAAAAAAGUUGCUGCAAACUCCCUUUCAGUUUAAAAGUAGCAAACGGUAAAUGGGGACUGGAAAAUUUAGUUGAAAAGUCUGGUUUACCCAGGUAGAAAUCGAUCUGAAAUUACUGUUGAUGCAUUUUGUUUGAACAGAAGUAAAAAAAAUUAGAUCAGGUGACUCCAUCUGAAGUGUCAUCAAUUAAAUGCUUUUUUCCCUUUAGAACAGUGCAUUGUAAUGUGAUUACAUCUCAGUAUCAAGUGAGAAAACAAUGGCUUUCUUAUCUAGAAGAAAAAAACCAUGUAGAGAAAGUAAUCCACAAUACUGUAGAACUUAAUAGAAGCCCCUGUGCUGGGACAGACUUUGCAACAGCCUCACCUUGGAUCUUGUUGCAGUUAAUGGCAAGCCUCUCUUGCAGCCAUAAUUCUGUCCUGAAGUGACAACCUUGCAGUAGGUGAACCCAGCUGUGCGAGGUGUGAGUUGUAUUUUCGUGGCACUGCACAUUCAAGGCUGAGUGGUUCCAAGAGUCAUGUUUAGAGCUUAAUUUCUAAUAGAGUGGGUUGGGCAAGGAACUACAGCUGGAAGUUCUCCAGGGUCCUCCAGUUCUCUGAGAGGACCUCCAUCUCCUUGAAGGUCCAUAAGGCGCACUAAUCCAGACGGCAGUGGAGGGCACCACCCAGGAAAGGUUUCGUCUGCGCGCCGAAGGCAGCACACGUGGCACAGAGGGGAAGAUGACCUGAGGACUUGUAAGCAUCUGGGCUGUUCAUUUGUUCCUUUGUUUUGUCUGGGGUUUUUAGUUCCUCCUUCUUUUGCUCAGACGUAGACAUUGUAAAACUGGAAUGUUUGACUCAGUUGCAUGCUGGCCAGCUGUCAUUUUUAAUACCCAUUGCAAAGGUGCGUGAAGAGAGGUGUGUUGUUUUGGUAUACUUUUGGUUUUAAUAACACAUGAACAUUGUACUAUACUUUAUUAUUUCCUGUUCAAUAAAUAGUCCUGGUAUCUCUGUGUUUCAUGUCUAAUUUUGGAGAGUAGAGCCAUACCUGUAUCAAGGCUCUCUCAAUUAGGUGGGCAUUUUGUUUGUUUAGUAGAAAUAAUGCAUGAUUCCUUUUGCAGUGAUGGUUUGAGGGACAAAAAAAAAAAUCUUAAUUUUGUAAUACGUAUUACAAUCUUCUAAACACAAGUAAAAAUGUACUGUGAUUUAUUUAUAUAAAUCUAGUCUGAACAAAUAAGUUUUGAUCUUAAUAAAAACUCUGUAAGAAAUUGUGCAAUUGUAAUUUAUUACUAUUUUGUAUUUAAUAUAUUAAAGUUCAGUUCAUUAUUGAGAAAACCAACUGGAA